ACACACACAUAUAUAUAUACGCAUCCGCUCCCUCGUCCUUUUGUGCCAACAACAUAUUAUCCGAAAGCACAAAAGCCUUCUCUCUCCACGAGUUCUUCGACUCCCCAAGGACGAAAGAACACAAACAGAAACGACCACAUCCCACUCCUAACAUCGUCAAUGGAGUUGGAAUCGUGUGUACCGCCUGGAUUUAGGUUCCAUCCAACAGAGGAAGAACUUGUAGGCUACUACCUCAGCAGAAAGAUCAACUCCAUCAAGAUGGAUAUAGAUGUCAUAGCUGAGCUUGAUCUCUACAAGAUGGAACCUUGGGACAUUGAAGGGAGGUGCAAGCUAGGGUACGAGGAACAGAACGAAUGGUACUUCUUCAGUCACAAGGACAAGAAGUACCCGACCGGAACCCGGACAAACCGGGCCACCACGGCGGGGUUCUGGAAGGCCACGGGGAGGGACAAGGCUGUGCUCUCGAAGAACAAGAUAAUAGGGAUGAGGAAGACCCUGGUUUUCUACCGGGGUCGCGCUCCUAAUGGAAGGAAGAGCGAUUGGAUCAUGCAUGAGUAUCGCCUCCAGACCUCUGAACAUGCACCACCUCAGGAUGAAGGAUGGGUCGUGUGCCGAGCAUUCAAGAAGCCCUGCCCCAGCCAAAGACAAGGGUUCGAAGCAUGGAAUCAUGCGUACUACGUACGAGACUACAUGAAUCCUCGGCCUCCCCCUUCGCUCCUCCCCGACGCAAGCCAAGCCGUCUCUUUCAGCCGGCACCAAUUCGCUCCCUGUCAAGAGCCCGUCUCGAAUCAUCAAUCUCUCUGGGACAGUCAGCUCAGUGAGCUUCCGCAGCUUGAUAGCCCAACUCUCUCGACGAGCUUAACAACGACUAACAACUACGUGUCGACCCACGAAGAGUAUGAUGACGGGAGGAGCAAGAACAUCAACAAUGACGGCGUCCAGUUCAUCAAUGAGUGGACAAGCUUGGAUAGCUUGCUCACAUCGCACGUGAACAACAGUGGCAACGACUACACCACGAGGCUAACCGAGCCGAGCAUGCACAUGCAGUCGAGCUCUCUCGGUUUCGCUCGUGAAACCGAGAGCCAGGUCGGCCAUUUCCUAGGGUGCUUUCCAGACUCCUAGCAAGAACUCAUCUCCUUACUUCCCGCACUCUAUUAAUCCGAUACUAAGGUAGCCGUGCUUUACAAAUAAUUUGCUUUUGAACAGAACGUCGAAUGUCGUCUGUCAUAUAAAAAGGUUUCUGCAAGAUCCGCGAAGCCGAGUCUUAUGAUAUGAAGAAAUGGGAGAUAGUUCUCCGCCUUGUUUAUCAUGCUGAUUAUAGGUUAAGUUCUACUUGUUUGACAGCUUCUCAAACUCUUAGUCGUUGUAAACUGGCUUUGAAUGACAAUAGCCAUCUUUGAUUACAUUUAA